UAUGAAUUCCCUUUCAACCUGUUAUAUUGGAAUCAUUACGGCAUCCUUAGAAGCUUUAUAUGGUCUCCUGGUAGACUUGCUUAUGAGCUUUAACGCUCGUGGGGAAUUAAUUACGGAUUAGUAGUUUGCUUGGCAAACGGGCAAACUACUACGAAAAUGGUGGUUUCGAGGUUCAGCUGCUGCACGCUAUACGCCACCACCCGACGGGCCAAUAUCCAGAAUGGUUAGGCAUCAUGCUAGACCGUGGGGAUUGGGAGGCAACACGCCAUCUCAGAAAGAAGCCUGCCAGGCAAUUUUCUGUAUCAGGCGUGUGUGACCUGGUCUCGAACACUUCGGGCAACAAGUCAGCUCAGGCUUUCAUACUUUCGCCUAGGAAGGGUUUCCUUUGCUCUUAUCAUAUACCGGAGGUUGCUCUGAAUUUACUUCCUCAAGCUGUUCGUUCACGGAGACGCCACUUGUUCUCGUUCCAAUCUGGCCUGGCCUAAUUUAGUUGACACUGGGUUUUAUUUUGCGUGUUUCGAACCCCUCUACCAUCCAGACGACGAUCCUGCCAUAUCGCGUAUACAUCUAGCCCUCUUUACCCCUCCGAGAGGGUAGUCGUUGUCCUAGGCUCGCAUUUCUUGACGAUGGCACAUCUUCCCGAAGGAUGGGAGUCCGAUUACGACGGUUCUCGGUGGCUCUACCGUUUUAAAACCACCGGCCUUACGCAAUACCAUUUCCCGCGGCCAGGCGACGAGUUUCCCGAAUUAGUAGGCAUUGGUUUUGGGCCACUCGACUUUGCUCCAGGAAAUGGACUCGUCAGCGAAUAUAAAGUUGUUCAGAAAGGCGCUCCUAAUGUAACUAGCAAUGACGGAAAGACGGCGCUGGCCAAUGGAAAAGAUGAAAUGGGGGCUACGGGCUAUUUUGACCCAGACAACUUUAUGUACUUUGGGCUUAACGAUAUAAGCCCAGUCGGCAAUGAGAGCAGUACCACGACCAAUACGACCGCAGGAUUAGCAUCGCCAGUGAAUAAUAAGAGCAAGGCACUACUAGCAGAACUUGAAUCGCCGCAAAGAUGGUCACCCGUAGGAUUCGUUUCCGAGCUUGCCAGCAGCGACACAGUAAAAUGCGCAGAGGAGUUGGCUCCUAUCGAAAUGGAUGCAACACAGAUCGCUCAAACGCCCUUACAACCCAAUAUUCACCAGAAUGGUGUUGCAGAAUUGUCGACGGAGAGGAGUCCAGUGGAAGAGAAAGCACCGGCACAGCAUCCAGUCCGAGAGACCAUGAAACCCGUCGAAGAGUAUCCGCUGGUUUCGGCUUCAUUUGCCUAUCCUCCGCUAAAAACGACUCUUAAGCCCGCGGGUGGCGUGCAAACGGAAACCCUUCAGAUGGAACAGAAAGUCAUCGCUUCUCAACGGCCACCGGCGGCUAGGAUAGAACAGAAUGAAUAUGAGACAUGGAAACCUACACAUGGAAUUGCUAAUGAGGAACUGAAGAAUUCAUAUAGGAACUCUAUAACGUUGUCUAGUAUAUCAGUUCUUCAGUCUCAAAACACAGAGCUUGGCCCUAUCAACCAGAAGCGACAUUCGCUUUCAGGGCCUGUUGAAUCCUCAGAAGAGACUCAUAACCUCCCCGGUAUAUUGAGACAGCCAUCAGAUCCUAGGACAUCGGCAAUCGUAUCCCCAGCUCCCCCAGAAGUUGAAACUUCACCUAUCCCAACCGCCCUCCAACCAGCUAUUCCACCAACGAAAGCAACAAAAGAUAAUUCUCGACCGCAGCCUACGCAGUCUGGCAUCCCAGCCUUGCCAGGAUCAGGCGCGAGACAUGAGAGUAUCUCUUAUGGUUCGGGUGUUUCUAUUGUUAAUUCUGGUCUAGCUCGUAUUCCAUCAGUGCUUAGGCCUGCUCAUAACUCGAAUGGCACUUUGGGGGACCAGCGCCCGCUACAGACGCAUGCAGACAUUAUUCGUCCAGGUGCUCAUCGGGUCAACACCCUACCAAAUCAGCUAUCGUCUCAUAUACCAUCACCACCAAAAAUAGGGGGGCCUGGAAUAUAUGUCUUCCAGGAAAUACCAAUAGCGACAGAAUCUAUAGCCGAACAAAAUAAGCCUUACGACCUUGUCACAGCCCCAGCUGACUCGAGCGGCCAAGGUUCAUCUUCCCAGAUGCCUCAUCAGCCUAUAGAAGCUUUCCAUCCUAUCAUGGAUGAGUCACUCCCUGUAGUUGCACCGCUUUCCUUAUCUAGACCUCAGAAGCCAGCAAGUCCAGACAGGAUUUCGAAUACCAGCGCACAAGGAUCAAUACUUAACUCUCCUGUCUUCCAUAAUAAACCACAGAGAAAACCUUUAGGUUCACAGAGCACCGGAAAUGCCAGCCCUACUUCUGGAACCCCUAUGAUGGGUUCAACUAAUAUUCCAAUACGACCUCAUCCUGCAUCCCAACAAGGACUUCAAUCAUCUAUAGGACCCCCUAGACCUGGUUCUGUACCACAGGCCCGGCCUCAUUCCACGGUACCUCAAGUAUCUUCCGGGAAGCCGCCUGGACAACCUACCCAAGCGCAUAAUUACCAGAAGCCAUCAAUAUCGAGCUCACCACAACACUCUUCUCAAGUUUCGCAGAGCUUGUCGACAGCACAUGUCUCUUUAGGUAGUACUAACUCACAAGGUCAAACGGUUAUCAAUAGUACAUAUAAUGCGCAGGCGCCUGUUCAAAGACCCGACCAUGGUGUACCAACUACAAUUCAGGCCUCUGGUAGUUUUUCAGCUCAUGUUUCGAGUCAACCAAUGACUCCACAAGCCAUCGCAUUUAAUCAACAGAGACCACCAUCAAAUUCUUCCCCCAGUCCAAGACCCCAAAGUAGCCAACAACCAGGCCAGAAUAUGCCAGUGGGAAUAACUAUAGGGCAACACAAGCCACAGUCUCCAUCUCCUAUAGCCCAACCUGUCUCUCCGUUACAUAGUCAGGUUUCUUCACCGGCUCCUUCAAUUGCCUCUCUCCAUCGACCGCCAUCCUCCGCGUCGUCACAUACGUAUAGUACUGCGCAGAAUAUUGCAGGUCAAAACCGACCGCCGAAUAUGACUACUCAUCAGAAUUCCCCUCAUGUUAUACGACCGACAGCGGCGCAAGCAUCUCAAGUCCAAGGGAAUCAACAUGUUACUCAGUCACCCAGUCCUCCUAUCACCGGUGGUUCAAAACCAUUUCCCAUGCUUCCGGGGCAGGUAAAGCCAUUGCCUUCCCAAGUCGGAUCGCCCCAUGUUCUCGUACAGAAUCAGCCAGCGCCUACUACUACAGUACAGGUUCAACAUAUACAGGGACAGACGACAUUAGUGAAGCCUACCCAGCAGCAACCCGGAAGCCAACAGAUGAUGCAAGCAGCAGUGCAGAAACCGCCUCAGCAGCAACUCAUGAAUGGAAAUCAUGUACAACUUUCCGGGAACACAAUUACUGGGCAGCCGACCCAGUUGAUAGGGCAGCCUGGACAACCUCGACCGACUAUACAGGGGGCACCGGGUCAGCAACAAACCUUUGUACAAUCACCAGUAAAUGGACAAAAUCUUUCAACCUAUAUGCAACAAAGCAUGGGUAAUAUUAACCAACUAUCCAGUGGACAAAAUGGGCAAGUAGUUGCCGGCACAACAUAUGGCGCUACUACUCAGUCGCAGAUAUCCAAUGGGUUCCAAUCCUCAACUACGCAACAAUUCGCCGGUCAGUCGAUGGUACAGGGACAGCAACAACUAACCCAACCCCCAGGGCUUAAUUCUAAUUUCCCACAAAUAUCCGGGCAGAUUAAACCUUUCACCUCGACACAGGCAGCCGCCGCACUGUCUGAUGCAGGCAAGAAAAUGAAGAAAUGGGCCAAGAAGACAUGGCAGAAUCCUGCUUUAAAACAGUCAUCGGCGGCGAUAGGGGGCGCAAUUAUCGCCGAGUCAAUAGGAAUGAAUGGGUUAGCUGGGGCUUCUUUGGGAAAUAAUAUAUAUAAUAGUAUGCAGAACAAGCCUCAAGGCCAACCUCAGGGGCAACUUCAAGGCAGCCAGCAACAACGGCCUCCAGGUCUACAGCAUGCUUAUACUACACCACCACAGACACAGGUACUUCAAGGUGGAGGCAUUACAUCUCCACAGACGCAGGCUAUGAACCGACCUCAGUUACAGCAGGGCUUACAACCCGCCGGUGUUCAGACGCCAGGGCGGCCCCCUAUAGUACAGAACCCAGGGAUGACAGGAACUCCGGUGAAUUAUAAUGCAACACAGCCAAAUAUGGCAAACCAACAAGCCCCUUAUCAGAUCCCACGGCCUCCAGUCGGACGACCGCCGUUAUCUCAGAUGCAACAGCAACAGCAACUACAACAACAACAGCAGCAGCAAUUACAACAGCAGCAACUACAACAACUACAACAACAGCGACUACAACAGCAGAUGCAACAACAGAUACAACAAUCUGUCGCCUUUGGGCAAUCAGUAUUCCAGGGGCCUUCCGGUCAGCCUCUCUACCAAGUCCGCCCUAAUCAGGCCGCCUACCAAAUGCCCCCUGGUCAGCCUGGAUAUCAAGGGCAAGGGCAAGAGGCUGCAGAUCCUUACGCAGCCAUAGGCGCCACGAUCGGAGGUGCUCUAACUGCUUUUGCUGGAAAUAAAACUGAUACGCCGGCUUCUACAGCUCAACAGCAUCAAGCUGCAAAUACUGAGCAGCAUCAUACUCAACAUUCCGAGCCGCAGCACGAAACUUAUUCUGAGCAACAACAUGGGGGACAAUCCGAACAGCACCAUGCAGAACAGUCUGAGCAGAACCAUGGAGGUUACUCCGAGCAGCAAUAUACGAAUCAGUCAGAGCAACACCAAGAGUCUCACUAUGGACAUCAUCAAGAAGCACAGGGCGAAGCCCAUCAACAGGCUUACGCCGAGCAAAACUACACAAAUCAUGAUCAACAGCAAAAUAACGGCUACACCAACGAAGACCGCCAAGCAUAUUCCGAACCAGCUCCCGCCGAAUCUCACGCGACUUCGGAGUCGUAUUACGCGCCCCAGCCGGAGUCCACCAUUAUUAAUAACACGACAAUCAACAACAUCGAGAACACUGCAAUAGCCGAAUCAACGCAGACGAACACCAACUACACGGAUAACACACAGAUAUCAGACACGAACCAGAUGAAUAUGAACUACACCGAUAAUUCACAAGUGGAAAAUACAACAAACACGGAUAUGACGAACACGGAAACGACUGCAUUUACAGACACAGCGUAUAUAGACACGAUGAACAGCAAUACCAACACGGAAGCAACCGCAUACGCGGAAGCAACAUACAUGGACUCUUCAAACACGAACAUGGACAUGAACGCAGAUAUGACGGCAUACGCGGACACAACAGCAUACGCAGACGCAUCAUACGCAGACGCGAACGCGAUGUACAUCGAUGUCAACGUCGACAUGAACGUAGAUAUCAACCAGACGACGUACAUGGGCGACGAGACGUCUAUGAUGACGAUGGAGGAGAAUUUCAGCAUGGAUGCUGGUGCGACUUAUAUGGAGACGAGCACGGUGGAUUAUUCGGGCGGUGAUUGGGGUGGUGGUGGGGAGUGGUGAUUUGUGGUGUUUCUAAGGAGGUACAGAUAUAUAUCAACUACCUCAAAGAUUGGGAAAAUCCAGCAGGUCUUAACGCAUUUAUUAUUAUUAUAUAGGAUACUUGUUCUUUCGAGAGGCUGGUGCGGAUACCAUUGUACUAGUUAUAUGCGAAGUGUUUGGUUGAUCUAGGUUCUCUUUUAUGUGGCAUAUCUUAUAUUAUGAUUCUCGACUUUCUUCUCAUGCAAAAUUAUCGCCAUUCAUUUCCCGUCGCUGAUUUCGUUUCGAUAACGUCUUGUUUCGCAACCAGCUUCUCUUCCCUUCAUGCUUCUCUAGGGGGUGUUGAUAGGAAAUAUCAUUGACCAAUUCCUAGCAUCCGUACAGCAACAAACUUUACUAGCUAUUCAGCUAUAUAAAGUGUAAUAGGUUAUAUAUAUAAACCGCUCAAGCCGAGGCUCUCAGCUACAUAUACCCAAAGAACAAAUCUAAGUUAGAGUUUUGCGACGGAACUCAGGCCAUGAAACAAAGACAGGUACCCGAAGAUGCUCAAGUGAUCGAAUAUCUUGAGUUUAUUAGGCCAUGGCCCUGACGCCCAAGAUUACCCAUAUAAAGCAGGAUAUCCAUCUCCAUGAGCAUUUACUACCAUACCUUACAUUCUAUCAUCAUUAACGAUAAAC